UUUGUGUUCCUAUAAAAGCAAACUUAAACAUUCCCACUUUCCAACGUUCUUCAAUUUUCUUCACAAAUCUACACGCUUCUCAACAAGUCCAAAUGGAUUCUACGGUUACAACGGCCAUCAAGGUGGAGGAAUACAGCUACAGCGCGGAACAUCUGUCGGAUGACAUUGACGACACGCAGCGGGACAUCACCGUCGAGGAGGACGAGCCAGCCGAAAACGAACCAGUGGAGGGCGUCGACUCGUGCCGUGAACUUCAUGAAACUGCAAGGGAGACCAUCAGUGACGAGGAUAAUGUGCUGCUGGGAGAUGAAGAAGACGAAGAUCUGCCAGCCGAUGAGACGCAGAGGGAGGAGGAAGAAAAGGAAGUUGAAACGGCUGUGACGGACAGUGACGGAGAAGAGGAAGAGGUGGACAUGAAAGCUCUGAUGGCUGCUGAGCUCAAUAACUACCCAAACAUGGACCGUUGCACCAGUGACUGUGACACGGCAACUGUGUAUUCCGAAGGCGAGGAAGAGCAGCCGCGCAUGUACAUUGUUGGAGAGACUAAACCAAAAUAUAAGCUCUACCGAGCAGCUCGUCGUGCCUCAUUCUAUGCGGACAAGGAAAUGGAGAAUUCGCACGCCUACUACACCGACUACUCCAACGGCUUUGUGGUGGCGCAAAUUGCAAAUGGGAUGAUGGCAAACGACUAGAGAAAAGUGAAGCCUAAAUGUAGAAGAAAGAGGAUAAUUGCUUUGUGAUAUAUAUUGUUUGUAAAUGUAUUGUGAUCUUUUUGUUGUAUAGCUAUUGUAUAUUUUGUAAAUUGUUCUUAUGUAAAUUGUUGAGAUAAUUGGUUUUGAGCUAGAUUU